AGGACCCGUAGAGCUAUGUACCUUCUCUGAAUCCCAAUACCGUGCUAUGUACCGACAACACCAUUAGCAUUAAAGCUAGCUGACAUACUCAGACGCAGAACUGUGAGUACUUUUGGGUUGUUCAAGAAAAAACCGGUAUGGCUGUGUCACCAGCAGUGACAACAUUGUGUGAAAAUCCAAAUGAAGUCUUUCUAGACGUUGCGAAGUUGUUACUUACAUACGCAGAUAACAUUUUAAGGUAUCCCAAUGAGGAAAAGUACAGAUCUAUCCGCAUAGGCAAUCCUACAUUCUCCACCAAGCUGCUGCCCAUCAAAGGUGCUGUGGAAUGCCUUUUUGAGAUGGGAUUUGAGGAGGCUGAGACCCAUCUCGUCUUCUCCAAGUCUGCAUCAGUGGAGCAGCUGAAGCUCGUCAGGGAAUCCAUAGCAGCCGAGAGGGAUCAGAGGCUCUGUGGAGGACAGCCGGUCCAACCGACUGCUCAGGCAGCCUCCGUCUCAGCCUCAGCCUCAUCCUCAUCCUCAUCCUCAUCCUCCGCCUCCGCCUCUGCCUCCACCUCAGCCUCAGUGAGCUCUGCUGCUGCAUCCAGUCAGCCAGUUUCACCACCUCCAUUACAACCUUCAUCCUUGGAGGACAGUAUGAGCUUUUUUGUGACCCUCCAGUCAAACUUCCAGCACGUGUUGCUGUAUGAAAACCCUGAGCUGCAGCGGAAAGCCAGGAGCCACAUCCCUCACCAGAAGCUGUCCUCUGCUGCUGAACUCAAGCUGAAGGAGGCCAAAGAGGCAGAUCCAGAAUGUAAACUUGGAAUAGAAGACUUCCUGGUGCUGGAGUUGCUCAGAUGGUUCAAACAGGACUUCUUCUCCUGGGUGGACUGUCUGCCCUGCAGCAGCUGCAAAGGCCCGACCCAGAACGCCAGCUCCCUCAGUCCCAGCACGGAUGACGUCCGCUGGGGAGCACAGCGAGUGGAGAACCACUACUGUCAGAGCUGCCGGCUCUCCACCAGAUUCCCCAGGUACAACAACCCUGAGAAGCUUCUUGAAACCAGGAGGGGGCGCUGCGGGGAGUGGGCUAACUGUUUCACGCUGUGCUGCCGAGCCCUGGGCCUUGAGGCCAGAUACAUCUGGGACAGCACAGACCACGUGUGGACAGAGGUUUACUCGGUGGCUCAGCGCCGCUGGCUGCACUGUGACUCCUGUGAGAACGGCUGUGAUAAGCCUCUGCUGUAUGAGGUUGGCUGGGGGAAGAAACUGGCCUACGUUCUGGCUUUCUCUAAGGACCAGGUGGUUGACGUGACAUGGAGGUAUUCCUGCAAACAUCCAGAGGUGUUGUCGAGAAGGACCAGGGUUCAGGAGGCCUGGCUGCUGCACACCAUUAAUGGGCUCAACACCCGGAGGCAGCAGGCCCUGACUCCGGCCAGGAAGAAGGAGCUGACAGAGAGGCUGCUCGUCGAGCUGGUGGAGUUUAUUUCCCCCAAGAAACCCAAACCAGGAGAGCUGGGGGGACGCAACUCUGGCUCUCUGGCCUGGAGGAUGGCACGGGGGGAGACGAGAAAGGCCGAUACAGGGACUUCCACACAGGUACACUCUAAUUUAUAUGGUGUUAUAAUUGAGCUUACCCAUUAUCAGUGUGUGUGUGUGUGUUGUCAGGCUGCAGGUUAUGUGUUUACUCCUACUGAGAAAGAGAAGAGCGACCGGUUACUGCACGUGCGCUACAAUGCCGCCAAAGACCAGUACUGUCGAGUGUCCAACAACUCUGAGUUCAUUCCCAGCUGGGAUCAGUGUGUGUGGAGGAAGGAGUCCGUCUUCAGAAAGGUGGAGAAUGACUGGCAGAUGGUGUACAUAGCUCGAACAGAAGGUUCCUCUAUGGGAAAAAUUAGCUGGAAGUUUGACUUUGCUCCGGCGGGAAUGAAGAUAAAGUCUGUCUCGAUCAUGGCCAGUAGCCAAACAUUCCACUCUGGGAAAGUCUGCUGGCACUUGCAGGCAGGCCAGAUUACUACAGAGUUCUCUGGAGAUGGGAAGAUGCAGUCAUUCCAGAGUCUGUCCGGCUCCUCAGAGUUCAUUGUUGUAGCAGGACUCAGUGGUGGAGAAGAGGAGACGUCAUGGCAACACUCUCAGCUCUUCAGACAAAGCUUGAAGGAGACGGAGGAGUCUUCAUUUGAAAUCCUCGUCCACUUAGACGAUGCUUAACAGUUGUUUUAAUUGACAUAAUGAGGUCCCUCGUUUGACAAAUAACUCCCUAACUGCUUUGAGAAGUUCUGAGCUAAUUGUUCGGAUGAUAGUUUUGUAUGACAAAUCCGUGUAAUAUUUUAAUUUGUGUAAGUCUACCAGGAUGAUUGAAUAUGCAUGGCCUAAUGAUAAAUGAAUGAAGCAUGGAUUUUGGUCCUAUCACAGAAAACAGAUGUCACACAUUUAACUGCUAACAAAAUAACAAGUAAGACAUGCCGUAUACAAUAUACAGGGUUUAAAGAGCUAGACAUAGUAUUUGUAAAACGUGCCCUUCACUGUGAAUGUGUCUGUAAAUUGUGAUACAUGGAGACGUUCCACACAGCAAACCGGGCUUAAUGCCCUUGUCAGCACAGGUUGCUCCAGUAAUGCUAGUAAUAAAUAAUUGUGCCAUUUAUUUCUGGCUAUGGAAUGUAUUUCACCUUUCCAUGGCCAGUUACAUCCAUGUGUAUAAUUAUAAAUUGAGUAUUGGUGUGGUGGAAAGUGCUGAAUGUUGGGAAAUAUAUGGUGGUAUAAUAAAGAUAUUUUUGCAGUCUG